AUGACAGCAAAAACCUUGGUAUUUCUGAUCCUGGCAACCUGUUCACUCUUCACAUUAGCUUUAGGCAGCCAAACAUACCAAGGGAAAUGGAAGUUAUUGAAGAAAAACAUUGGAGUUUCAGCAAUGCACAUGCAAUUGUUACCAAAUGAUAAAAUCAUCGCAUUUGACUGGAAAAGUUCCGGUCCAUCCAACAUUUCUCUGCCAGAGGGAAAGUGCAUUGUUGAUUCAGAAACUACGACUGAUUGCUAUUCACAUUCAGUAGAGUUUGAUCCCACCAGCAGGAGUAUCCGACCACUUACCAUUAAAACCGACACAUGGUGCUCUUCAGGUGCGUUGUUGUCGAACGGUGUUCUAAUUCAGAGUGGUGGAUAUAGGCUUGGAGAACGAGUUAUUCGGUCCUUUAGGGCGUGUGCAAGUUGUGAUUGGGUUGAACAUUCAAAUGGCCUAAUUACUCCAAGAUGGUAUGCAUCAAAUCAAGUUUUACCAAAUGGGAAAAUCAUUGUUGUUGGCGGGGUAAAUCAAUUCAAUUAUGAGUUCAUUCCGAAAACUUCUACUUCUGAUCGAACAUUGUAUCAGCUUCCAUUUCUUAAAGAAACCAGAUAUUCCCCAUUGAUUCCCAACAAUCUUUAUCCUUUCCUACACCUCACUCCUGACGGCAAUUUGUUCAUUUUCGCCAACGACCGCGCAAUUCUACUAGACUACGUCAACAACAAGGUAGUUAAAAACUAUCCUGUCAUGCCUGGAGGUGUUUCGCGCAACUAUCCUAGUACAGGUUCCUCAGUUCUACUUCCACUUAUCCUUUCCAGAAAUUUCAACGUCAACCCAAAGGCUGAAGUUUUUAUCUGUGGUGGGACAGUACCAGACUCAAACCGAAAGGCAAAUGCAGGAGACUUUAUUCCUGCUUCCAAAUCCUGCGGUCGACUAGUAAUAACUGCCAAGAAUCCAAGGUGGGAAAUGGAAGAAAUGCCUCUCAACAGAUUGAUGGGUGACAUGAUAUUAUUGCCUACAGGUGAUGUGCUUAUCAUUAAUGGUGCUGCGAAAGGAUCAGCUGGGUGGAAUUUAGGUAGAGAACCAGUUCUAAACCCGGUUCUUUACCGGCCUGAUGCACCUUUUAGUGCUAAAAUUAGCAGGUUUGAGUUGCUGAGUCCCUCUCAAAUCCCACGUGUUUAUCAUUCAACAGCCCAUUUGCUAUCAGAUGGUCGUGUUUUGGUGGGUGGCAGCAAUCCAAAUAGUAACUACAACUUCACUGCACUUUAUCCAACUGAAUUAAGUCUUGAAGCAUUUUAUCCACCCUAUUUUAGCUCGAAUGUUCCCAGGCCAUUAAUUAGCAAGAUAAAUCCAGGGACCAAUCUUAAAUACAAGCAGAAAGUUUCCAUGCAUUUUCACUUAGAUCAGCGACAAAAAGAGCUUGGAAAGAUUUAUGUGACAAUGGUGGCACCAUCUUUUACUACACAUUCCUAUUCCAUGAAUCAAAUGUUGCUGGUUUUGGCUUUGGACAGUGAAGCCCAAAAGGUGGAUUCCAGCAACUAUGUUGUUGAUGUCCAUGCACCGGCAACUGCAAGAUUGGCGCCUUCAGGAUAUUACCAAUUAUUUGUCGUCCAUGAAGGUGUUCCUAGUAAGGGAACAUGGGUCCAUAUCGAGUAG